AAACGCACAACACUUCCUCUGUGCUUGUCCAGCAAACCAGAGUUGGUCAAAGCCCAGUCAGCCCGUCGCUAAAAGCAGCAACUCUGUCUGAGACUCUCCAACCACAGCCAGCUAGCAUCUGCUAGCGGCUGCUGCUGCUGCCACAACAGAGCUAACGGCGAGUUGCCGCGCAGAUAUGGAGUGGCAGCCGGGCAGCGGAGCCUCGUUUUACCCAGGUGAAGAGUCCAGCAGUGACCCGGCUUCCUUACGCAGGCCCCGUAGGGAUGUUUAUCCCCACCAGCAGUCACUCUCAUCGCCUCUUUGUGACUGUCCCAUGGCGUCGCUGUGCCAGAGCAAGCAGCGCUGUAUGAAGGCGUCCAUCGUCUCCAGCUGGAGACUGGCCGAGGCGCAGGACCAACUUUGUUCUCUAGGGGUCCACAGCUCAGAGUCCCUGGAGCAGGAACGUGCUCGGACACUUGCCUGCCCCACGGAACUCACACACACAGAGGAGGAGUGGCGUCGCAAGGAAAGCAUGCUGGAGGGUCGGGAGCCCAGCCGCAGCCCUGUGCUCGGAGCUGUCGGAAGUUGGGAUGUUUUUGAUAAGAGUAUCAUUAAUGUGCAAAAGCAGUCUGUUGAAAUGGAUCAGGACAAGUGCGCUACAUUUCUCCAGAAGUAUGACAGUGAGCUCAGGCAUUUUGGUAUGUUGAGGCGAUGGGACGACAGUCAGCGAUUCCUUGCAGACAUGCCUCAGCUCAUCUGUGAGGCAACAAGCAACUAUUUAUUUCUGUGGUGCAUGAGACUACAGCAAGAAGGGAAGGAGGCACUAAUGGAGCAGGUGGCUCACCAAGCCAUGGUCAUGCAGUUCAUUCUUGAGAUGGCUGUGAACUCUCAACAGGAUCCCAGAGGCUGCUUCAGACAGUUUUUCCACAAAGCCAAAGAAGGACAAGAUGUCUACUUAGAAGUCUUCCAUUCAGAGCUCAAUGCCUUCAAACACAGAGUUAAAGAAUAUGCAGCCAGGUGUAGAAGUGAUACUCCACACAAUGCAGAGCAGCAGCACAUAGGAGGCACAAACUACAUACUUGACCCCAAAGACUCUUUGGACUCUUUACCUUCAGUGGCAGAGUUCUCUGUGAAGCGUUGUUUAGAGACUGGACUGUGGACAAGCACAGGCAGGUGGACAAAGGAUGAUGCAACAGAAACUGAAGACAUAAGAAUGAUGGAGACGUCCUAGUGAAUGAAGGAUGAGCCCCUGCUUUUCUUCCAUCGCCAUCGUCUCCCUCUCUCAAGGAUCAACCUGAGAUUCAAGCCCUCUUUCAUCAGCGGAGCAGGCUCGUAAAAAAAAAAAAACAGCAUCACAGAGCAAAAUAUAAACAGAUGUGAUCUGUAUGUAGCGCCGCAUCAUUCAGUGGAGACCUGUUAGAAAUAGUGUUUUACUGGUGUUAAUUCACAGUAUUAACACGAGGAAGUCACAGGCCUUUUCAGUGUCUUUUGCACGUAUGGAUUGCCAUAGUGCUGGUUUCAUAACUCUCACUAUAUCUUUCAAACUGAUUAUCGGCGUGGCCCUGAUCUUCAUGCCCAGAUAAUCAAGUAGGGGUAGACACAGGUUUUUUUUUAUCUAGUUACACAAAAAGUCAGCCAACUAAGGUCCCCAUUGGCCGUUUUUUUUUUUUUUAAACAGCCUCAACAUGUCUUUGUCUAAUAAUCUAGUCACUGUUUGAUUCAAUCUAAGCUAAUUGUCAUAGUAGAGUCACCAGUGUUGAUGCUGAGCGCUUAUACCAGGGUGCGUCUGCUCUUUUCAGUGAGGAGGAGCAGCAGCAGCAGCAGGUCGUAACUCAGACACAGGCUGUCUGAUAGAAGGAAAAAUAAACUGAUCUCUCACACAGGCUCCCCAGCCAAAACAUUAUCCAGAGGACACGCACGCACUGUACGUGUGUAAACAAAUGUGCGAGUCGUUUGAACCCGGCAUUAAACACAUUUUUACCCGAGCUACCGAGUACAAAGACUCUAAUGCACGGUUGAGCUGAUGUUCAAACAGCUAGUGAGCGGAAAACGGCUGACGCGGCUUGCAGUGUGUCUGCUAUGUGACGACACAGUGAACGCACUAAAUGGCAUAAUAAGGGUUCCACAACAGGGUUUUUUUUUUCUCCUAUGUCCACAAUUUUCCAUAUUGCCCAUGCAAGGUUGAGCCAAAAAACUAGGUUUGUGACCUACCCAAUUGUCUUUAAAUCUCUCAACAAAGUAAGAGUUUAAUCAAAAGCCUUAAAUGUCAUGUUAAGUUUGACAGAUGCAACGGCUUUUUCCAUCACCUGCGAUGCUGACAAUAAUGCGUGUGUGGUAUUUUGAAUUAGGUUUUGAAGUAAAAACUGAUGUAAAGCAACAUUAGGUAAAGUUUAUUUUUCAAAUUGGUUCACUCCAGCGCAACUUGCUGCAAAGAGCAAAUAGUAAGUGCACUUAAGGCACAGGUAACAGAUUUCAACCUUGAUUACAGGUGAUUAAAAUAGGAAAAAAAGUCCUUAUAUUUUACUUCAUUACUUCAUGAAGUUUUCCUAAGUCUGUAUGGGCUUUGUGUAUUUAUUCGUCUCUGGUUCCCUUUUGUGCCAGAGUAAAACUAACUUAUAUAUUUUUUUUACCUGCUACUACUGUUGUUGUUUUUAACCCAGCAUCCCUUAACAGAGUGACGACCACUGACGGUUGGUUUAAUCUCGUGUUCAUGGGUGUAUGACGUACACCUGACUAGGUGAUUGAGAAACCUUGAGUAUAAAGGGGAGAGAGAGAGGAAGGGAAAAAGGGCUGCGCUUCGCUAUGAGGCUUUAACUGUACGUUUGUAUGCAGAAUGAAGCUCUCUGCAUCUGAAUGUGUCCUGCACUUUAUAUUUCUCUUUUCAAAACGUGUUCAAGUUUUGUCACUUUUGUUGUCGAUGAUGCUCCCGGUCAUCCAGAAUGUGUGAGCUUGUGGAUUGAAUUGUGUGACAUUUGUUUUAAAAAAUUUCAGUUUGUUUUUUCUUUGUUUUGUUAGUUUUCUAAGUAACUGUAGUCUGUAUGGUUACUUCAGAAGUAUUUCUUUCACAAGAGAACAAAGAAAUCCGUGUCACAAUUUGUUGAGCAAUAUGUUCCGCAAGAUUUUUCUUUUUUGUACUGCAGACUGUGAAAUCAGGAAAAAUACAAAGCAUUAAAGUACAACUCAUCGCAA